AACUAUUUGCGCCAUUUAUAGAUGAUAAACAAUUCAAUUUACGCAAAAACAUGACAAAUCAAUAUUUAUAAUUUCUUAUUCAUUAUUAAUAGGUUAACAAAAAUUUCGUUAUUGCAUAAUGUAUCGCAAAACAUUUUUUCCAAGGUAUACAACAUACGAGUACUGUCUUCAUACGAAGUUUUCCAAUCUGCUACAAUAAAUGGCUAUAGACAUUAUUCGAAAAAGGCGUACAAAAAGGUCACUCAUUGUCUAUUUGACAUGGAUGGAACUGUUCUAGAUUCAGAACAUAUGUACCACAAAAUAAUUAAAGAAAUAUGUGAUAAGUUCAAUAAAAAAUAUACAAAUGACCUCGAAAUUAAGAUGUACGGUGAAACCGAUCGUGCAAUUUGUCUAACUAUUGUCAAGGAACUGAAACUACCAAUAUCUGCUGCUGAAUUUGAACUACAGCUGGAACAUCUGGCUCAGAAUUUACUACCUAGUGCGCCAAUUCAGAUAGGUGCCGAACGUCUGCUAACUCAUCUCCACGAUUGUAAAAUACCGAUGGCCCUUGCGACCAAUUCUACUGAGCAAGCUGUUAGGUUGCAUGCUACUGCGAGACCUAAGCUAUUUGGCAUGUUCCAUCAUAAGGUGAGCGUUACAGAUCCAGAAGUAGCUAAAGGCAAACCAAAUCCAGACAUAUACCUUGUGGCUGCCUCGAGGUUCCGUGAUAAACCUAAACCUAUUCAGUGUCUAGUCUUCGAGGAUUCGGCAAUAGGCGUCACAGCUGCAAACGAAGCGGGCAUGCAGGUUGUGAUGAUACCCGAUCCUCGUCUGGACCGCGAACAAACCCGACAAGCAACUCUAGUUCUACGUUCUCUGUUGGAUUUCAAGCCCGAAUUAUUUGGCUUACCUCCAUUUGAUGCUAUUCCUACAAGAAAAAGUAGAAUAGACUAAUACAAUAUGUUAAUUGAUAAAUAAUAUAUGGAAUAGAUAUAUAAUUAAAAACAUUUUAUGGCUGUUAAAAGUAGUUUAAUAUUUGAAAAUACAGAUAUAUCUUUUAUUUUUAUAGCUAAUUGUGAACACAAUUUUAAACUAAUACCAAAUUUACAUUUGCUACAAUUGAUAACAAAAAUCAACACAAGUUAGAAAAUAUUUUUCGGAAUAUUUGUUUUUUUUUUAUAUUUAAUUAUAUUGGUAAGAUUAUCCAAUAAUUUAAUUGAAAAUAACUUAAUUCUUGAAUUAAUAUCACAAAUUCUUCAUUCGAUAACGCUUCUUUUUAAUUGUCGCAAAACCAAAUAUGAAAGAUUGUUAUUCCGAACCCCAUUAAAAUUUAAAAACUUUAAAAUAAAUUUAAACACCUGUUGAAUUCUGUUAUUUUACUAUAAAAUAUUUACAAAACUAUGAAACACAUAAAAAGUACAAUUAGUUGGUAGUGCUAAAAGUAUUAACUCUAAUCAAUAUAUUAAUGAACGGACAUAUUAUGGGAGGUUGUUAACUUUACAAUAAACGAUUGGUGAUUAUUAACUUUGUACAUAGUAAUUUACAAUUUUAGAUAUUAAUAAUAUACAAAAGAAAAUAAUAACAUACGAAACUAAAUGAUGAAACCAUAAAUAUAAACGAAAAAUAGCAAACAAAUAACGAUAAUUUGCAAUAUUGCAUUUACUUUUCUAUAAUAUAUACCCUUGUUUUAAAAUGUUUUUAACAUCAUUCCUAACAAAAAAAAUUUAAAAUGUCUAAUUAUAUACU